AUGGAAUUGAUGGCCGCCUCUUUUAUAUUUCUCUACUUACAAGGCAAGCCCCAGAAAUUUCCCCAGAGGAAGAGAACCAUCUUCACGGACGAUCAGCUAAAAGCUUUGAAUUCCAUGUUCAGCAGGAACCCGUACCCAGACCACCACCAAAAGAAAGAAAUGGCUGCAAAAAUGAACAUGGACCCAAUGGUGCUACAGGUGUGGUUCAAGAACCACCGGGCAAAACUAAAGAAAUUAAACUGUGGCAUCUAUGCAGCCCGGCCCCAGCUCUUCCCCAGGGAGGUGGCCAAGGUCAGCGCCAAGGUCAGCCCUGGGAAGACUGAGGUGGUGGAGAGAUUGUCACCUUCCUCACCAACCACACCGCCCACGCCACCGCCGCCACCACCACCCACGCCACCCAUGCUACCCACGUCCGAUGCCCUGCAUGCCGCCCUCGGGCCAGCUCUGGUCUACACCCAUGGUGCCACACCCGCGUACCAGCUCCGAGUGUGCCCCAUGCACGAGGGCCAUCAUGGGGGUCACAGGGUCGUCCACUUCGGCUGCUGUGAGGACUCCUCCAUCUACUGCCUCCACCCCAUCUCCACGUCCCCCAACACCUACCCCAGCCGCCUGCCUGCCCCCCGGCCCUGCGGGGAGGGGAGAAGGCAAGAAAAAUCUCAGGAGGGCCUGGAGGUCACUGUGUCCCUGGGGCUGCGGGCAACUCCUACCCCUGCCGGCUGGCCUUCGGUAGAAGAUCGGAGUUGGCGUCCUCCAACCUACCGUGGACUCUCCCGACCUGUGGCACUCAAACUGUGGGGGCACUUUUUUCUCUCCGGUAAUAAAAAAAAGUGCCGCUACUUUUUGAGUGCCACCGAUCUGGGCAAGUGCGACGCGACCACGUGCACGGCGUCUGGUUAG